AUGGCACGCAGCUCCAAUCUGCUUGUGCUGGCUGUGGUGGCAUGCGCCACCUACAUGCUGCUGCCCAGCGAGAGCUUCGUGGCUCCCCAGGUGUUGCGUGGCAACGCGCAGCAGGAGACUGGAGCCUUGGCACAGGCCCCAAGCUUCCAGACUGAGGGCCGCUCUGUGCAGGUGAGCAUGGCCGCAACAGGUGGCGAACCCCAGAGGCUGAACUUGGUCUUCAUUGGCCUUCUCGCAGGCACCGCGGCCAUCGGCAUCCUCGCUGUCUUCUUCUACGGCUCCUACUCCGGCGCAGGCAGCGGCCUCUGA